AUGGCCGCUGCAAAGAUCUUAAAAGAUACUGCAUCAGACGAGGACCAUAGAAUGUUACUACGAGAGCUAGAGCUGAUGCAACAGUUACCAAAACACAGAUACGUCGUGGAACUUUUAGGUUUCUCAACAUAUAAUGGUCGUACAAUGAUACUCGUCGAGUAUUUAUCCCUCGGCGACCUACAAAGCUAUCUGAGAGCCAAUAGAGAAAAAUACAUCCGGGCUGAUAAGUUGGAGACAAGUAAAGAAUUCCUUCAAUUUGGAUGGGAUAUCGCAUAUGGCAUGAAACAUAUUUCAUCACACAAGUUUCUGCAUCGUGAUCUUGCGGCCAGAAAUGUCUUACUGACUGUUAGUAAGGUCUGUAAAAUUUCUGACUUUGGACUUUCAAGGGAUGUCACUGAUAGAGAAGUAUACUACAAAAUGUCAGAAGAUCGUAUCCCGAUCAGAUGGAUGUCUCCUGAAGCUCUUUUCCACAAUAUCUACACAACCAAGAAUGAUGUCUGGGCCUAUGGUGUACUCCUCUGGGAAAUACUAACAUUUGGCUCUACCCCUUAUCCCAGGAUGGGAAGCAAAGAAGUAAUGGAG